CCACCGUUGAUUCCUCAUCCCCAUCGAAAUCCACGGCGGAUCCUUCUCCUUCUCACUCCGCACAGCAUCCGACCACCACCUCCUGGCUGGAGCGAAAUAGACGCUUCACCAACCUGCAAAAUACCGCCUAAUCCUUCUCUACUCCCUUAAAAACCCUACUCUAGACUCACCACCACUCCUAACCUUCCAUCAUCAACAAUGGACUACGGAAAGCUCGGCCCCUCCGAGUCCAUUCGCUCUAGCUUUUCCGACCCGACGCAGGCCCAGCCCACCACCCUCCGCCACCACCGCCGCCGCCGGCGUUUCCUUCUGUUGGGAUUAACGGCCACUCUGUUCCUCGCAGCCUCCGCGGCCUCGGUUGCUCUGCUUCUCCGCAGCAAGACAAACCGCCGCGCAGGGCUCAACCGAAGCCCAACCCAAGCAAUUUCACAAACUUGCAAGCUUACCCAAUACCCCGAGCUCUGCAUAAGCUCGCUUGUAAACUUCCCUGGAGCGCUCGACGCCGGCGAACGUGAUCUCGUUCAUAUAUCCCUGAACAUGACCCUUCAACGCGUCGGCUCCGCGCGCUAUGCCGCUUCCUCCAUCGCCGGCGUUUCAAUGAAUCAAAUCGCACGGUCUGCGUAUGAUGAUUGCGUCGAGCUGCUGGAUGAUUCCGUUCACCAGCUCAGUCAAUCUCUCCUGGUCGUCGCCGGCGGCGACGGUGCUCCUUCGGACGAGGAUGCGCUCACAUGGCUAAGCGCGGCGCUCACCAACCAGGACACCUGCGCAGAGGGCCUCGAUAUGGUGGAUGACAGAUAUGUGCAGGGGCAAAUGACGAACUUUUUGAAAGAUCUCGCGGAGUUAGUGAGCAACUCGCUCGCAAUCUUCGCGGCAGCGAGUCGGAACCAGGAUUUCUCCGGCAUUCCGAUUGAGAAUAGGAAGCGGAGGCGAUUGCUGGCAUCCGGGUUUCCUGAUUGGGUGAAUCCAAUUGACCGGAAAUUACUUCAGACGCCGGGGGAUUCAAUUCAAGCAGAUUUUAUUGUGUCGAAAGAUGGCAGUGGGACUCAUAAAACCAUUGGCGAUGCUGUAAAAGCUGCUCCUGAAGGUAGCUCCAGGCGCAUCAUCAUCUACGUGAAGGCUGGGCGCUACGAAGAGAACAUUAAAGUCGCGCGCAAGAAGAUUAAUCUCAUGUUCGUCGGAGAGGGCAUGGGGAAGACCGUCGUCGCCGGCUCCCGCAGCGUGUACGAUAAAUUCACUACUUUUCACACGGCUACCUUCGCUUCGACGGGGACAGGGUUCAUAAUCAAGGAGAUGACAAUCGAGAACUCGGCGGGGCCCGAGAAGCACCAGGCUGUAGCGCUCCGUGUCGGAGCCGACCGUGCGGUGGUCUACCAUUGCAGCAUUAUAGGCUACCAAGACUCUCUUUACGUCCACUCCCAACGCCAAUUCUUCCGCGAAUGCGAUAUCUACGGCACCAUCGACUUCAUCUUCGGCAAUGCGGCUGUGGUUCUCCAAAAAUGCAAUAUUUGGGCUCGGAAGCCAAUGGCUAAGCAGAAGAACACCAUCACCGCACAGAACCGCAAGGAUCCAAACCAGAACACUGGGAUUUCGAUACACAACUGCAAGAUUAUGGCGGCGAGCGACCUCAGCGCGGUGAGAGGCAGCGUUCAAACGUUCUUGGGACGCCCAUGGAAGAUGUACUCGAGGGUGGUGUAUAUGCAAUCAUUCAUGGGGGAUCUUAUUGACCCUGCGGGGUGGUUGGAGUGGAAUGGAAAUUUUGCUCUGAGUACGCUUUACUAUGGAGAGUACAUGAACGAGGGUCCCGGAGCCGGUGUGGCGAAGAGGGUGAAGUGGCCGGGAUUUAGGGUGAUUACAGAGGAGGAGGAAGCGGGAAAGUUUACCGUCGGAAAAUUUAUCUAUGGUUCCUCAUGGUUGCCGGCGACCGGCGUCUCCUUCAUCGCCGGCCUUUCAGAAUGAAAAAAAAAAGCCUUUUUUAUUUUAGUUUUAAGACCUUUGUUUUUUUUCUUCUUAUAGUUUUGUCGGCUUGUUGGCGUCGGUGGGAGUCGUUGUGUUGGUUGUAAGGGGGUGGAUAUGUAAUUUGUAAUUUCAGUUGGGGUUAGAAGAAAUUCUCACAGGAAGAAUAAGGGGAUAGAAUUCCUUGCUGGAUAAUAAUUGUACAUGUGGGUGUCUAUAUCAUUUUUGUUGGGGAGGUUAUAAUUAAUAAGCUUCACUUGGUUGAAUAA